CAGCUGCUGAGGAAGUUGGGAGCACAUUUCUUAGUUUUCCUUUGAAGCAGACAAAAUGUUUUUACCUUAAUGGGUUUAUGUUUUCCUGGUGGGGACAAUGCGAAAAUAGCAAUAGCGGUUAUUUCUCUUGGACCUGGAGAAAGCACGGGCUUCAAAAACUUGACUGCAGAAUUGCCAGUAGUCCUUCCCUUUUGUGGCUUAUUCAGACAGGUGGAGCUGAGCCACGUGUGGAAAGCUUGCUAGCGACGCAAGGGACUUCCUCAGCUAUUCUGUCGGCUCGUUUGAUCAGCUGUGAUUACUCAACUUGUCUAGGCGCUUGCAUCUCCUGUAACUUGUUUAGGUGCAGAACUCGUUUAAACAGGAGAAACCAAGUGAGCAUAGGGUUUUUAAAACAAUGCUUUGGAGGACUGUCAAGCACCUUUCCUUCCUGCAUUCUGACUUGCAGGCUUGGAAGGCUUCCCGCUCUAUCAGUGAAGCCUUACCGAGAGCAAAAAGGAAGCUAAUCAGCCAGUAGGACACCGGAGGAAAUAGAUGGGAUUCCAUUUGAGUUCCCUGCAGAGAAAGAAACCUUUAUUUUCCUGUAGAGAUAUUUGGAGAGUAAUUGGGUGCCCUUUGAGAGUCUUUUAAAAGGAGGAGAUGGAGUGAAACCUAGCAGUAGUUUGUUAGACUUUGGUUUACUUACCAUAGACAUUGUGUAAUAAGCUUGUGUUACACUAAGAGAUCACUCCAAUGAUUAAAAAAGCAGCAAACAAAACCCAAACUAGCAAAAACCCACAAACUUUGGUAUGUUCAAUACGGUAUCUCGUGAGACUUGAAUAGUUGCCUGUCUGUCCUUGCCCUCUUACAUUUGCUGAUGCAUUUUGGGUUCUGUGUGGAUUUUUUUUUUAUUAUUGCUUUUGCUAUGUAUUUAGCACUGAAGGUGCUACAGGGUUGUUGUUCUGCUUGAGAUACUGUGGUCAGAGCACCUCACUAUUGGGUUGUUAGAGCUUGUCUUACUUGACAGAAACACUCUGCAGCCCUAACUAGGGUCAUGAGCAAAGCUCUGAGCAAGCUGUGUGAAUGUCUUUGUUGUAGUUGGAGCAAGAGGGAACCAGGAGUCUCCUUAGGCCCCUUCCAACCUGGGUCAUUCAGUGAGCCCAGUCCUCAUAACUCUGUGGCUCAUUUCUAGAAACCGGUUUGUUUUUCCAGGCUGCUUGUGGUUAUUAGUAAGUUGUUCACACAUUCUCAGAGCCAAACGGUUCUGUACAUUUUCUUUGGUUAUUAUUCCAAUAACAGUGUAUGCUGUAUCACGCGUAUGUGUGUACACACAUAAAGUGUAUAAGAGACAAGUGGUGUGUUUCUAUCUAGAGCUCCUUGCUUUUUUGCUUCUACUGUCUGACAGCUUUGGUGGUGUCAAGAGUUCAUGACGUGGAAGUUGAUACUUGCAGCUUCAGUUAUAGGUGGCGAGGAAAUUGGUGAGUGCUUCUACUGUGAAUUAAAUUACAUGCUAUAAACAGGAUAAUUUGGAAUUCAGGUUGUACGUUUGGGUGUAGCUGGCUUACAAACCAAGGCCAAAAAUUUGAGUGUUGAGAAGUACUGUGUUCCAAGUUACUCGUUGAGAGAGAAGCUGUGCGUAGGUGGAGCUCUUCUGGAAGCCAAACCUUUAGCAAACUUUGAUUCCUUCCUUCCAGAUGUAAGAACUCAUAGCUAUCUCCCGUUUGCAGGUCAGGCUCUCUGUUUAAGCUCUGUUUUGUGGCUACAUGUGUGAGCAUAGAUACUUUUUACUCCUACUGAAGGUGUUCCUUGCAAAUUACUGUUUCUCUGGUGUGAACUCACUGCUGGUUUACCUUGUCUUGUGUCUACAUGUGCACAGAAUCAGAAAGGCUUUCCUGGUUCCCUGUUGGUGAAAAUGCAUGUUGCAGUACUACUGCAGUGCUGAUUGCUAUCAUGUGAUGACAUGAUUAGAUUGUGCCGUAUCUUGAAAGCUCGGGCUCUUGCUGUGAUUUUGCCUGCUGUCAUCUGUGCCAAGGCUGAAUGCAGAUCAUCUGCAGGCUGCAUCUGUGUAGGGCAGUGGUGUAGAGCUUAUACCUGUGAGCUGAAAAGGGCUGCGCUAAUAUGCACAUGAAAGAAAAAAGAUACCUUUUCUAAGUAGUGCCUAGGUACUGUCUAGCUUUGCAAAACACACAAACACAAAAAAAUACAAUUACAAUUGUAUGGUACCCAUUAGCAAGGCUUCUGAAGCUGUUCUUCCACAUGGUAACAGAUCUUUUUGGUAAGGAGGUUAGAUCUCUAGUAGGAGCUUGGGACUGAGACCCUGGGAAAAGGCGGCGGCGAAGACUGGAGCCUCGUGUCUUUAUUUCCUGUUGUUUUGAGUUUCCUCUGAAAGUUAAUUGGUUGUGUUAAUUGAGGCUUGUCAAGGCUCUGCCUUCAUUUCUGUGUGGUGUUCGAUAGUUGCUCAAGCCUCUGGUGACACGGCUGUGCUUUUUCUUCCCUUGUCAGCACUCUGGUGGCUUAUGCAGCUUGUAUUGCACGCUUCAGAAGAAGGAAGCCACUGACUGCCUAGGAAUUAAGACAGGGCGUGAGAAGUCCAGUUGAUCAAGGCGGAAACUUUAUUUUCUGAGAGCCUUUCCACAGCUGCCUUUUGCAGGCUCUUUGGACGCUCCCCGUUGUGCCAUGUUUUGUGGCUUUCUCUGUAGGAAGAAUUUGUCUUGAUGAAGAUUCCUAACAUUGGUAAUGUGAUGAAUAAAUUUGAGAUCCUUGGGGUUGUAGGUGAAGGAGCCUAUGGUGUUGUACUUAAAUGCAGACACAAGGAGACACAUGAAAUUGUGGCUAUCAAGAAAUUCAAAGACAGUGAAGAAAAUGAAGAAGUCAAAGAAACCACUUUACGAGAACUUAAAAUGCUUCGCACUUUAAAACAGGAGAACAUAGUGGAGCUGAAGGAAGCCUUCAGAAGAAGAGGAAAAUUAUACUUAGUUUUUGAAUAUGUGGAAAAAAAUAUGCUUGAAUUGCUAGAAGAAAUGCCAAAUGGAGUUCCACCAGAAAAAGUGAAAAGUUAUAUCUACCAGCUAAUUAAAGCAAUUCAUUGGUGUCAUAAGAAUGAUAUCGUUCAUAGAGAUAUCAAACCAGAGAAUCUCUUAAUAAGCCACAAUGAUGUUCUGAAAUUGUGUGACUUUGGCUUUGCCCGUAAUCUUUCUGAAGGAAGCAAUGCUAACUAUACAGAAUAUGUGGCUACCAGGUGGUACCGCUCACCCGAACUCUUGCUUGGAGCCCCAUAUGGAAAGGCUGUGGAUAUGUGGUCUGUGGGCUGUAUUCUGGGUGAGCUGAGUGACGGACAGCCCUUGUUCCCAGGGGAGAGCGAGAUUGACCAGCUCUUUACCAUUCAGAAGGUGCUAGGCCCACUGCCAGCUGAGCAGAUGAAGCUCUUCUACAGCAACCCACGCUUCCAUGGACUGAGGUUUCCUGCAGUCAAUCAUCCACAAUCUUUAGAGAGAAGAUACUUGGGAAUUUUAAGUGGUGUUUUGCUUGAUCUUAUGAAGAACUUACUGAAGUUAGAUCCAGCAGACAGAUACUUGACAGAACAAUGUUUGAACCAUCCUUCAUUUCAAACACAAAGACUCUUGGAUCGCUGUGGAAGCUCACCUUCACGGUCAGCUAAAAGAAAGCCUUACCACGUCGACAGCAACACAUUAUCUAACAGAAAUCAAGCCAGCAAAAGUUCUGCUUUGCAGUCACACCACAGAUCAAACAGCAAGGAUAUACAGACACUAGGGGUUGGCGGGCCAAGAGAAGAGGGUCUUCCAGCAAAUGAAAGCUUUUUAAAUGGAAACCUCUCUGGAGCUGCACAUAGCCCAAUGCACGCGAAGAAAUCAAGCAACCAGCCUGGAUCUGGCAAUAAAGAUCUAGCCAACAAUAACAUGCCACAUCUUCUUAGUCCAAAGGAAACAAAGGCAAAAACAGAAUUUGAUUUUAAUGUGGACCCAAAAAGUUCUGAUGGUCCAGGUACAAAGUACCUGAAGUCUAACACCAGAUCUCAGCAGAACCGGCACUCAUUUAUGGAAACGUCUCAAAGCAAAACUGGGACGCUGCAGCCCGGCGAUAAGCAUAGUCGCCACAGCUAUAUUGAUACCAUUCCACAGUCUUCUAAGAGUCCUUCGUAUCGGACAAAGUCAAAGAGCCAUGGGGUUCUGACAGACUCAAAAUCUGUGGGCAACCUAUCUGAGGCCAGGGCUCAAGCUGCAGAACCAAACAGCAGUCGCUAUUUUCCAUCCAGCUGUAUGGACUUGAACUCUCCUACCAGUCCGACCGCUCCCCGCCAUAGCGAUAACAGAACUUUGCUCAGCCCGUCUGGGAGGAAUAACCGCAGCGAGGGUACCCUGGACACCCGAAGACCUUCAACCAGACACUCCAAAACAAUGGAGGAGUUAAAACUGCCAGAUCACAUGGAUGGAAGCCAUUCCCACUCGCUCUCUGCUCCACACGAAUCUUUUUCCUAUGGCCUAGGUUAUACCAGUCCUUUCUCUUCACAGCAGCGCCCUCAUAGACACUCUAUGUAUGUGAGCCGGGACAGAGUGAGGUCAAAGGGCUCAGAGGGUGGCUUAAGCGUAGGGCAAGGGAUGGCAGCCAGAGCAAACAGCCUGCAACUGUUAUCUCCACAGGUGCAGCAUAAGUCACUCACAAGGUCUGUUGGCUCUUCACGAGAAGACUGUACAGAAGAUACUAAUAGGCAGAGUGACCAGAUUCCAUCAGAAACAAAUUUAACAAGACCUCCAGUAAAAGAUUCCUCCAGAGAUGUUACAGCUGCAUUUCAUUCACGGCGAAAAUCUGAGGGUGGAGCAUAUCAUGAUCCACACACAGAAGAUGGAGCAUCUACUAAGGAAAAUAGAAUUCUGUAUAAUGAAGCUGUUCCAAGAAGAGUUGGCAGUUUUUACAGAGUUCCAUCUCCGCGUCCAGACAGCACAUACAUAGAAAACAAUGUGUCAAACAGAGCCUCUGUACUACCAGCAGACAGCAGCACGGUGGCAAACCACUCAAAGAGACAAACCACCUUUGAUACCUGGAAAAGUCCUGAAAAUCUUAACAGUCACUCUGAGCAGCUUAAGGAGAAAGAAAAGCAAGGUUUUUUCAGGGCAAUAAAGAAGAAAAAGAAGAAAUCUCAAACCACAGACUCAACCAACGGGGAGAAUCCAAGCAUCAAGAAAUCCCUCUUUCCUCUUUUUAAUUCAAAGAAUAAUUUAAAGCAUAGUUCUUCUUUGAAAAAGCUUCCUGUAGUCACUCUACCCAUGAUGCCUGGCACUGAUGGUCAGGAUCUCCUGGCGUUACAGAAAGCCAUUCAUUCUUCUAAUCACCAGAGCAGCAGGCAGAAGGAUUGGCAUCCUGAGAAGAUGACAGAAAUCCAGCCUCAUAGCCAGCCAUUAAAAUCUCUGCGAAAGCUAUUACACCUCUCUUCAAAUCAUCCCAUCCCUGCUGAGCCUCGCUUCCAACCCUUACCAAGUCAGCCGGCCAAACCUGCUUUUUCUGAAGUGCGAAUUCACCCCAUGAGUCAAAGCUCCAGCAGCGGCAGCAGCAACGCACGGCAGGAGCCGCAGCCAAAGAGCCGGCCGACGCUGCAGAUCCCGAGCCAGCUGGAGCCCACCUGGCACGUCUCCCCCGUCAACAGGAGCGCCAGCGAUGGGCCCCCCUACUCCGAGCAGCCACCUUCCAAGAGUGGACAGAACGGGCACACGUAUAACCGAACAAACCGGUCACGAAUGCCAAAUCUGAAUGAUCUAAAAGAGACGGCCUUGUAAUUGCUCCAGAAAAUAGGCCGGUUCACACGGAGGUCAACGUAGGGGAGCGGUGGUAGUUCUGGUGAUGGUAAGACUGUACUUUCAGCUUUAUAAAGGUGUGCAAUAUGUACAUGUGGAGCUAUGCCGUUUGGCACCACGUUGAGAGUCAGGGAUUAUACAGUAAAGUGAGUCGGAUUAGGAAUUAGUAGUCGUCAGAAGCGUCAGUGGACGAGAGGCAGAGUGUGCCAUUCAGGGAGAAAAAUGUAUUGCCAUUUUCUCUCAUUUACAUUCCAGCUUAGAGCACAUCUCUGUUGGAAAGCUGGGAGAUUUCUGGUAUGCGUCGGCACUUCUAGGGGUGAAAACAUUCAUGUGCAGACCUAUGCCCUUACUACAUUUUUUGCUGCCUAGUUAAAACAGUGGGUUUUAUGUGAUAAAAGUGUAUCCCCGUCAAGGGUUUAAAGUUAAAUUGUAUGUCUUAAAUUUGUUUUUUAAACUUCCAUAUUUGAUAGGAUUUGUAAUAUUUAUUUAUGAUGACCUAAUAUCGUACUGUUAUAAUCAUAUCUUUUACGUUAUAAUGUAAAGUUAUUUUGAGCUGUUUGAAACAUUGUGAAGCAGUGCAACAGCUACAGUAGUUUCUAUAAAAAACUAACGGUAACAUUUAUAUAUUGCAUCAGGAGUAUUUUAUUCUAUAUAUAAAUAUAUAUAUAAAUGGGAAAUAACUGUCUGUUUUUUAAAUAUAAUCAUUUAAAAGAAAAGUAUUGUUAUGACACUAUCUGCCAUAUUUUUAUACAUUUGUGAUAUAAAGUGCAGUAUUAUACUUCUAAUAAAAGGAAGUUGAAUGUCGAUAUAAACGUGACUGUAACAGUAUGAAUCCUGCUCAGCUACGAGAGCCCAGUAUUACAGGAAUUACUGGUAACAAACAAAAGACAUCAUUCAAUUCCAAGCGUUAUUAUGGGCUAUUUUGUUGGAAGUAUUGGCUAAAUGUAAGAGACUGCAGAACUGUACAAUAACCUUAAUGUGGUAUGUUCUCCCCUGUAUCCCUAGCUUUCCUAAUAAUACUAAUGAGAUUUCUGCAUCUGCAUCAAGAGACUAGAGCCCCAGAACGACUUGUGUUGGUUUUUGUUUUUUCCUCUAAAGAGAUAAAGUGCCCCAUGACUACAUGCUAAAGCAGGUGCUUCUCCACUUAAUAGUAGGGGUGAAAACCAAAGAAACAUAGCAUGAAUUGCAAGUGAAAUGCCACACUUUCACAUUUAAUGCAUAGCAUGGCAUUGCAGAUCAUGGUAUGAGCUUUUAUGCAUAUGUGUAUUUUACAUCUUGUUAGCAAUCUAUUAACUACUAAGAUAAACACUGUAUUUAAAUUAAAAGUACUCUUGCACUUUUUAUUAUAUUUCAGGAUGUAUUUAAAGCCACACAUCUGAUAUUUGGAUGUUGAGGGAGAAGGUUGCCGUGCAGCUUAAUUUCUCCUUAGAUCUUACUGUCCCGAUAUUCCCAUACUCAGUUCAGUGACCAGUCUCAGCAAAAUACCAGAUCUUGGGUUCCAGUCUCCUGUACAGCAUUGUCAAAACUGCCUUUACAUUGGUGAACAUCGAGUGUAGCAAAUAUAUAACCUGAUUCCUCUAUUGCUAACGGCAAAAUAAACUAAAGUUGAGUCAUUAGGAGUUAAGAGAAUUAUGCUGGUCUAAACUUUCAUGCAAUAAGAGGAGAUUCAGGCCUGUAGUGUCAGAACAAUACAAUCUUUCCUUUUUAAAUGCAUUCAUUCAACUCCCUCAUCACUCUGCAGCAUAGUUCAUUUUCUAUAUUGUGUCCUCAUAAGACACGUGUACCUGCAAAUAUGUUGUCUGUCCCAAAAAGAGAUUAACCUGAAUGUAAACUUGAUGAUUUAGCCAUAGAUGUUAACAGAAGUAGCCAGACAGUAAGAGCUGAACUUCCUACUUUGAUACAAUGCAAAUUGGAUGUGACGUUCGGUACCUCUUGAAUCAUACCAAAGUUCUAACAAUAAUUAAUUUGGCACCACCACUUUAAAAUCUUUCUCAUGGAGUACAGUAUGAAGGGAUGGUACAUCAGGUUUGUCCAGGGCAAGAGGUAAGUCUAGGAAGUUAGAAAAACUACAAAAUAAUAAGAAUUCUUUGUCAAUUGCCUGCAAGAAAUGUGUUUGUGAUUUUCUAUAGAUAUUUAUGGUAUAUACUAUAUUUAUAUAUGCUGUAGUAUAUAAAUAAUAUAUUUAUGUAUCAUAUAUAAAUACAGUAGAUAUGAAAGGAUACUCAGAUUCUGAUAAGUUCAGUGGGCAUCCAGGAAAGACAUUGUGAUAUUUGCUAGCCUUUACGAUCAAGGGAAUAGCAUUGUAUUUCGGAAGUCUCUUGGAUUCCCCAGUUCAUCACAACCAGUUUACUCCUGUUGUCUGCUUUGAAAUGAGCUGAUGCCACUGAAGUCCCUCACGAGAGCGUUGCCUAAGAGUGGGGCUCUAAGCAGUACAAUGUGAAUGCCUCCAAGUGAGCAUUCAUACCAAGCUCUUCUGUACCUUAUGGAUAUAUUCCCUUUGGCCUCUACAAGAAUUUUAUAUUGAUAGUAAGAGCUUCAUGCCGGGGAUGAUGAUACUGGGCUGUACGUGGCUAUUCUGAUUUCUACCACGGAAAAAUGUUUCACAAGGGUUGGUUGGUUCUUUUUUUUUUUUUUCUUCCCCUCAGUACCCAUUGAGUUGAAUCAGGGUAAUCUCUGACUGUACAUAGAGCUGUUUAAAGUAGUUAGCAAAGCUUCAAGAGUGACCUAAAGAAUGUUCAAGUGUUUGGUGGCCCAUAUUUACAAAACGUUGUGUCUACUUUCGUACUGCUUAUUCUUCUCAACAAACCACAACAGAUUUAAUUUUAAUACCAAAUUGUGUUCAACAUACGUAGUAUCUUCCUUGUUCUGUUAGAAAGACCUUACAGCAGAUGAACCAGCUGGCGCUGAGGUAAAUUGUCUAUUUUUAAUCUGAUCUAACUUCCGAAUAUCUAGAAUAUUACUAAUGUAAUUCUGCUGAAGCUUCCAAAGGAGUCGUCUUAAAUGGCUGAGAUUUGCUGCCUCAGUAAAGGAGAAGAGAAUCACAGAGCAAACAGUUUUAUAAGCACGAGCUUUCCUCUUCACUGGUCGUGUGUUACAUGUUCUAUAGAUCUACUUACUAUGAAUAAUAUUAGUUAAACCGCAUUUUAUUCCUUGGCAAACUGCUUUGCCUUAUUAUGGCAUCAUUAAUGAUGUGAACAGUAAAGAAACUAAGUUUCAGAAAUGAAUUACAGUCAUUUUGCAGAACUCGAGCUGCCUAAACUUGUCUAUAAUGUUUUACUAUAGUUCUUGUUAACUGACAUGAAGCACCUUAAGCUCAUCUUAAUUGAAACUGUGCGAAACGAUGUGAAUAAGCUGUCCUUUUAAACUGCCAUGAAAAUGCAUUAACCUAAAGCAACAUGUGUUGUUAACAGACCUGACCACAGAGAGCAGUCCCUUAGGGCUAUUUAAUCCUUUUUGCUCUGUUAUUGCAGUCUAAGACCCAUUGCUCCUCUGAGAGGCCGCCAGCAACAGGCACCAGGCCAAGUUUGCGUCAGGAAGUCAGUAGUCCCAGAUCUGGUCCAGUCUUUAUGAAACGUUCUCCAUCCCACAGGGCUUGGGACAGGUACCAAGCCUUCAUUUCUGAUAGCAAGCCAGACCCGUUUAAAUGGAUGGGUCCACUCUGCGUACAGGUACUGCUUCUCCUAAACCAGUGUUAAAGCAGGCCACAAACUUCCAAACUUAGAAUACACUCUCACAUUCCCUUCAGGCUUGUUGCCUUUCUGCUACACUAGCUCAUGUCUGGGAGCCAAGCUGAGAGCUCUGUCAAGCAGUAGGGUCCUGCGAUAGGCCUUCAGCCAGUGCUUGUUACUGCAGUCAGAUCUCCUAAAAGAUGAAUCUUAACAGUGUAAAAAGCCACAUACCAACCUUUGUUCACCCAGAACAAACUGUAUGUUCUUCACAGUUCAGCGCUGUGGUUCCUCGUAAUGAAGGGAACUCUGAAAGCAAUGCUGACAUCUACUUAGCUAAGACAAAAAACAGGCGCUUUUGAGGGGAGCUUUGAGCUAGAAGCGCUGAGGGUUUUUUGUUCAUGUUUUGGGGUUUUUGUUGUUGUUGUUGUCUUAAAACAAUUUGGUAGUGCAAUAUGCUUCAGAAAUAUCUGCAUGCACUUCUGUAUGUGCUGAAAACUGUCAGAGUAGAACUGGGAGAAUAUUUGAAUCUCAGUCACACAAAAGGCGUUACAAGGAUAGCCAUAUAUAAUAUACUGCAAAUUAUGGGGUGGCAAUGAAUGUUUCUUUUAUCCAUUCCAGCUGUCAUGCACAAUAUGGUUAUUAAUUGGAUUAUCAUAAACCACACGUUUGGGCUGUUGUUCACGUACGUAGGCCCACCAUUUGAAAUAGGAUUAGGAGUGUCACAGAAGAUGCUUGGAAAGGUGAUGUGCCCUAUUAAACUGUUUUUAAAUGACCUUUAAAUCAGGACGCUAUUUAAGAACAGGUGCCUUUCCCCACACAGCUUCCCCCAAUGGUGUCAUGAUAUUAACCAUUCAGUAACGGGGUUUGUAGUAAAUCAGGAGAAAAGCCAUUUAACUUUCUGGCCUUUGUUAAAAAGGGAACAAUUUGAGUAAACCCUUUUAAUACAACACAGCUUGGAAGUUCCAGCUGUUGGCUCAUUUCUGAGUCAAACAGCACCAUCGUUGCUUCAGGCUCACCUGGCUGAUGGAGGCUUGUACAGGCCACUUGGUUCAGUUGUACUGAAACAGAAGUUCUCUCACUCUGCAAUCAUGAAGCAAAGUUAAUGGUAGUUAAACAUAGCAAAUUUAAUAGGAGAUCCUCUUUUAAUUUGAAGGUAAAUCCUGUCAUAGGUCAUCUGUUGUCUCAGCAGUCUUUUGUUACAGAUACUGCAUGAGACAGGAUAGGUUACAUGUGAAGUUAAUUUGCUCCAAGUUAUGCUGGGAUGCUCAUUUGUUACCAGGAGUAUCACUUACGCAGCCAACUGCUUGGAGCAAAAGUUGGCUUUCUUGCCAGUCUAAGCAGAACAUGCACAGAAGUGUGAGAGGAAGAGCCCUCUAUACAUCGAUGCUGUUGUUCCAGCAAGUCAAGUUCUUUCUCAGGCUCUUUUUAGAAUGUAACCUGUGAAUGUGACUCUUAAAAUGUGGUUCAAGAGUCUGAACUUGGAAUGUAUGACUAAGGCUAAGAGUGACUCUACACAUCUCUUGUCUUCUCUACAAGUCGAUCUACCUCCUCUCUCUUGCAGAAUGUGGUUGGGGUUUUGUUUGUUUAUUCUGAGUUUAUUAUUGACUCUAAAUUUUGAAGAAAUGUAUAAAAAGAUUCUUCCUCUAGGUACUGUUAGCAACCAAGUAAUAAAAUUUUGAUGGGCCUUCAUCCAAUACACUUCUAAAACCUCCAAGCCAUCUUAGCUCUCCUAGAAUCCUGACACCAUCCCUUGCACUGCUUUGCAGUCUUCCCUUGCUCUUCCCCACGUGGUUCUCAAAUAUUGCAGUUGCCUUGUUCUUUGUUGUUUCUCUAGUGCAGUUUAUCAGGGAGUUAGAGGCCUUAUCUACUACUCCACCCUGUUUGCUGUUUUAUUCAAACAGCUAUCCUUAGACUUGCUCAGGAGUUUCUUCACUUUUAUUUUCCAUUUCAUCUGGGUGAGAUACCUUACCUCAUUGUGCCCCACCAAAACAGACUGCCUUCCAGGCUUUCUGUUCCACCGGGUCUCUGUUUUCACAGGGCAUUGUUUCUCUGGGUCCAUUCUGAGAAAUGCAAGGUGGCAUCUUAAUUGUACAGGCGUAGAAAUGCUUUGUGAAGUAACUGCUUUCGUAGAGCUUUCCAUUAGCAAAGCUACAGCAUGUUCAUAGCGCAAGAUGGAAGAUGUUCAAGUUUCCUGUAGCUUAUGAACCUCUUGGUGUAAGUUCUUGACUUGUAAAUCCAACGGCGGAGCUUUUAACUGUUUAGUAAGGCGAAACUUUAGGUGUAGUUAACUGUCUUGGCUUCCCUUUUCUUACUUUUUAUUUUCCAGCUAGUGCACAUCUUAGACUACUGAAGGAUAUGUCUAAUCAAAAAGAGUAACAUCUGUAUGUAUGUGGUUUAUAAGGAACAACGAGCUAAAAUCUUCCACGAAACCAUAAUCUGUUGGAACUUCUAUGCAGGUGUUUUUAAAUCUGGUUAAUCUGAUAAGGACUUCCAGGACUGCUUAGAUCUCCACUGUGCAAUACUGAAUUCUGAAUUCAUUUCAUUUGGCAGAAAGAAGGAAGAACUAAGUUAGGAAGAAUGGGGUCUUGUUUCACAAUCACAAUUCCAGAAACAUCCGCCUGGGGAGGUGGCUUUCAAAACUCCACAUUUAUGGUUACGAUUCCCCAAGACUUUUAACAGCUAUUAGAAAUCCGAAGCGCACAGAUUUUUAGAUCUACCAUGCUUUCUGUUGUGGAAGGAAUGUGCUGUGGUGUUCAUCUUUUUAAUCCUGGAAUACAAAUUGAUUUUAAAUUGUGCUGAAUAUUUAAGGAUGACUUCAUGCAAGUUAAUAAACCAUUUGUAAAAUGUUUGUAUACAACCCUUUGUAUCAUGUUGUUGGUACACCUUACCAAAUUUUUUUUGGGCAUGUAUUCCAUUCUUAACUUCUGUACAAUUUAUAUUGUUGCUGUAAAUAUUCUAAAAGAGAAAAAAAAAAAUCCUGUGGUAACCUUAAUUAUCAGCAUGGAAAUGGUUAAUUUUUACUGAGCACAAUGUAUUUUUGAAUGGGCCUUCCAAAAUAUGUCUUUAAUAAAAAUGCAGAUUUUGCACUAGAAAA